AUGCGAGACAAUAUUAUUAUACAUGGUUUACCCGAAGAACCAAAAGAAACUUACCAAACGACAGAAAACAUUGUGAAAUCCUUCCUCAAAUCCAACCUCAAGCUGGAGGAUAGCGCGAUUCGACCUAUCCAGUUUGCAAGAGCACACCGCCUAGGACCCCAGCGCGAGGGGGCAUCCCGAAGUCGUCCCAUCGUGGCCAAACUCCUGGACCCCAGGCAUAAAUCCAUGAUCAUGGGGAAUGCCAAACAGCUCAAAGGGUCGAAGCUUGCCCUAAGCGACCAGUUUCCCCCGGAGGUCAUGCGGAGGCGCAAGCUGCUCCAGCCGGCUUUCUUUGAGGCAAGAUCCGCGGGAAAGAAGGUCAGGCUAUCGAUGGAUAAACUCUACAUCGAAGCGAACCACACGGUGAUGGAGGAGGUGAUGAAGGAGGUGAAGGAGGAGGUGAUGGAGGAGGUGAUGGAGGAGGUGAAGGAGGAGGUGAUGGAGGAGGUGAUGGAGGAGGUGAUGGAGGAGGUGAUGGAGGAGGUGAUGGAGGAGGUGAUGGAGGAGGCGAUGGAGGAGGUGAGGAUGGACUCGAUGAUGGCCGUGUAG